AACCAGUUUCUUAUUAGAGAUGAUAAAAGGGCGAGUUUGUUUGGUCUUUUGGGUGUAGUGCUUUGGCUUAGCUAGCUUCAACCCUAAUAAAAAUUUCUUUGAUUUGGGUUCUCUAUUAGUGGAAAGAAAAAACCUCCUCUCCCUUCUAACUUCCUUUUCCCUUCUGAACCACUCAAAAGCCCCUCGUACACUGUCACUCACUACUGUAGAAUCCUCUUUGACAAAUCUUCACUGGAGAAUUAAACAGAUUUUUCAGUAGUUAAAAAGUGAUUAGAGUGAUUAAAGCAUGACAUUAGAAGCUGUGGUUUACCCACAAGAGUACCCAUUUAGCUUUGGUUGCAAAGACUUCUACUCUUUUAAUGGGGGUGGUUCUUGGGGCAGUGACUUCAUCUCACAAGACCAGCAAGGCAACAAUGAAUAUUGGGACUACUGUUCAUCAUCUCCUUCACUUUUGCAAAAUGUGAAAGAUUGGGAUCCUAACUCCUCACCUGAGGCCUGCACAGUUGAUCAAUCUUGCCCAUCAGGACAACACCUCUCUGCCAUGGAAGCACCGCCGCAACUAGCAACAACAAGUCGGCGCAAACGGCGUCGUACCAAGAGCAGCAAGAACAAGGAGGAAAUUGAGAACCAGAGGAUGACGCACAUUGUUGUGGAGCGCAACAGGCGCAAACAAAUGAAUGAGUACCUUGCUGUCCUCAGAUCAUUGAUGCCACAAUCUUAUGCUCCAAGGGGGGACCAAGCAUCAAUUGUUGGGGGUGCCAUAAACUUUGUGAAGGAGCUAGAGCAGCUUUUUCAGUCCAUGAACAGCAACAAGAGGAGCAAGCAACAGCCUUUGGCUGACUUCUUCACCUUCCCACAAUUUUCAACUCGUGCAACACAGAAUAACAACUCAGCUGGGGUCCAAGCAAAUGAGUCGAAUACGACUCAGUGUAACAACAACCAGUGGGCAGCAGCAGACAUAGAAGUGACCAUGGUGGACAACCAUGCCAACCUUAAGAUACUGUCCAAGAAAAGGCCUAGACAGCUAUUGAAGAUGGUGGCUGGAUUUCAAAGCCUUAGGCUCAGUGUUCUUCACCUUAAUGUCACCACAGCUGAUGAAAUGGUCCUCUACUCGGUUAGCGUUAAGAUUGAAGAAGGCUGCCCGUUAAAUACAGUGGAUGAAAUAGCAGCAGCUGUUAAUCAAAUGCUCCGCACAAUUCAAGAAGCUGCCUUUAGCUGAAAGUUUAAUCCUUACUUUGAGUGGGAUUAAAUUUUCUUCGUUCUCUUUUGCAUUAUAUUGUAUGGUGUAUGUUUGCUUAUUGAGAGAAAGGACUAAUCUAAUUGUCUACAGUGAGCCACAAUGAUUGAAAUAAUCACUGCACCAGCAUCUUUCCAAUA